AUGCCGUUGGAAAAAAUUUUAAAGCCCAAUUCUAAAGCUAAUCAACCAUCCGAACCAUAUAAAAGAGUAAUCUUUAUAGGUGUAGAUGGAAUUGGCAAUUUUGCAGAACCACCGGCUAAUUGUCCAAACAUUCAAAAUUUUCUUUCAACCAGUGCUCACACUUAUAAUGGUAGAGCCGAAUUACCAACAAUAAGUGCACAAAAUUGGGGAUCGAUGUUUCAUGGUGUGACUCCCGAUAAACAUGGUUUAACUAAUGAAUUAAUCGAGAAUGGUAGAGCAUAUCCAGAAGAUGACAAGUAUCCAAGCAUAUUGAAAAUACUUGGCAACAAUGACAAAAGCGAUAAAGAAUUCACGUCUGCAAGUAUAGUUUCUUGGUAUCCAAUUAAUACAGGAAUAUUGGAGUUAUCAUUGAAAACUCAACGAUUUUCAUUCCCUGAAGAUGAACCUUGGUAUACUAGAUUUUGGCGUAAAAUACAAAGUAAAAUUUUUGCCAAAUAUACCGAAGAUGACCCUGUAUUUAAAAAAUCAAUUGAAUUUUUACAAAGUAAAAAUUAUGUAGAUUUCUUGUUUAUUUAUUUUGGCACGGUUGAUUCGGUGGGCCAUAGAAAAAAUUAUCAAAGUAAAAGGUAUUACAAACAAUUAGAAUUGAUUGAUGGAUAUGUCGGAGGGGUCCUUGAGGCAAUCAAAGAGUUUGGUUGGGAUGAAGAUGCUUUGAUUUUGUUGACAACUGAUCAUGGUGGCAUUAAAAACAGUCAUGGUGGCGAUUCAGAAGAAGAGUUAAACAUAAUUUGGGGUGCCAGAGGUGAAGGAAUUGAGUCAGGCAAAACUCUUAAAGAGGUUUCUAAUAUGAGUAUAGCAGCUGUUGUUUUGACUGCUUUUGGCAAAAACAUUCCUGAUUAUUUUGAUUCUAAAGUUCCUGAGGGUCUUUGGAAUUAG